AUGGGAGGGAAGAAGGCGAGGGAAGAGAGAGAGAAGGGGAAGGAGGAGGAGAGGGAGGAGAAGCGAGGAAGAGGUGAGAAGACCAUCGUUCGAGCUCUCACCUCUGACGGCCUCAAGUUCUUCGUUGAGGUGAAGGAACGUGCUCGUCCCCUCAAAGUAUCGCACGUGGUGGAGGCUAUCAUGUUGGAGCAUAGGAGGUUGACGAGCAAGCUUCAGCCCUCCUCCUCUCCUUCCAAGAACGUCCUGGUUGUUAAGACCAGCGGCGAUUUCAUCGUCUCCCAGGACAUUUCGUUCGCCGGCGUUGCAGAGGCGAAUGGAUUCGAGGGCUGCUGUCCUACCUUGGCCAUAGUGUUCCAAGAAGAUGUGGAGUCGCUGGCGAGAGAGCAUCAGGAGGACUUAAUGGCUGUGGUGAAGAGACUUGAGCUGAACAGCUCAGAAGGACGACUGCUCUACACUGCUUCCUCGCAUACCUCCAUCGUCCCUGCUAGCUCGGCCGCUACGUUAGCCCCCAAGAAGUCGGCGGAGGUGAAGAGUGUGGUGGAGAGGCAUGUGCCGAAGGAGGAGUGGAGGUCGCUUCCUCAAAGUCUGCAGCGGAAGAUAGAGGAGCUGAAGGCAGAGGCCAUGUUCAGCAGAGACAUCGACCAGAGGGCCCUCAACAAACUAGUUCGCGUCCAUCGCGCCAUCGCAUUCCGAGCCCUGGACAAGUUUUGCUCGCAUGCUGGCUCAGAUCUGCCCAACAAGUCGAAGCUCCUGGUGGACCUGAUCAAUCAGUGUGAGAAGGAGAAGAUCCUCAACAAGAGCGAGGAGGAGACCAUGGAGGCCGGCGACAAGAGAGGCAUCGUACACAUCUCCUCCUCCUCCUCCUCCUCCUCCUCCUCCUCCUCCUCCUCCACUUCCUCCACGGCCUCUGCUGCCGAUCGCCCUGGUGGAGCGAAGAAACAAAAGAGCGACAAGGAAGCGAGAGGACAGGAGGCGUUGAACGUCAGAGAAGCGGGGAAGGGGAAGGGGAACGUGAAAACUGACGUUAGCAAACCUGCACAGCCGCUGAAACCUCCCAAGUCGAAGAAAGGGGAGGAAGACGCCCCGCAAAAAGUUGCAGGAAAACAAACGAAACAAGACAUUGCUGUUGAGAGCAAGCUGAAAGCAAAUGAUAUUGAGGAGGAAGACGAGUCGGAGGAGGCGGAGGGAGAGGAGGACGAAGGAGUGUCGGAGGAUGAGGACGAAUCGGAGGAGGAGGAGGUUGGAGAGGACGAGGACGAGGACGAGGACGAGGACGAGGAAGAGGAAGAGGACGAGGACGAGGACGAGGACGAGGACGAGGAGGAUGUUGGUGAUAAGGAAGAGGACGAAGAAGAGGUAGGAGAAGAGGAGGAGGAGGACGAGGACGACGAAGAGGAUACAAAGAAACCAGCCAAGAAUGCGAAAUCGAAUAAAGUCGUAGCGCAAGGAAAGGAAGCAAGAGCAAUACACGUCAAGUCGAAGGAGCAAGAAGAGGAUCAGGAAGAUGACGUUGAAGUCGACGGCGACGGGGACGACGAGGAUGAUGAAAACAAGAAACACGACGAUGAAAAGCCAAGAGUUGCACCGAGACGAAAGGAAAUUCAUCAAGGCAAAGGUUCAAAGCGACCCCUCAACGAUGAUGACGAGGAUGAUCAUGAUGAGGACGAGGAUGCAGGGACAGCCAACGAGGAUGUGGAUGAAGAUGCGACGACAGACGGGGAGGGGGAGGACGAUAAAGUUUCUUCUUCCAAACAGAAACCUAAGGAAGUUCAUGAGGUCACCAACAAAGGGAGAAGCGCUAGCGAGCGCAAGGGCAAGCAGGAGGGGGAGGGACAGGCGAACAAGAUGCGGGGAACGAGGAAGAAGGCUCAAGGCGAGGACGAGGCUGCUGUCCAAGAGGAGCAUUCAGGAGAAGACGAGGAGGAGAAGAAGCUGAUCGCGGUCAAGCAGCAGCUGCAGGAGAAAGUGAGAGAGAUGGAGACUGAGGAGAAGGAGGGAACGAUGGAUCGAAGUAUGGGGGGCAAGAACAAGAACGAGAACGAGCUGCCUGCUGCAGUGCAGCAUGAGCUGCACGACGCAGUGAGAGGAGGAAGGUUCCGAGAGUCAAGGAUCAACAAGGUGUCUCUGUCAUUCUUCAAGUCGCUCUCCCCUGCCGACGCCUCGAGGGUCUGCAAGAUGAUCAAGGAGGUGGAGCCGCGCAAGUACUCCAACGUGAACUUCUGCAUCAACGACAUCAUGAGCAAGAUGCGGCCGAGCGGAGCAGGCGAGAAACCUGAGGCGGCAGAGAGCAAAAAAGCUCGCAAGGUGGAGGUGAUCAAAGUGCGUGCGGAGGAGUCGGAGGAGUCAGAGGAGUCGUCCAGCGAGAAUGAGGAGGCCGAGGGAAGGGAGAAGCUUGCGGGACGAGCUCGCGCUGCGACAGAUGGAGCUGACAAAGAGGAGGAGAAGGAGGAGGACGACGAGAAGGAUGAGGAGAAGGAUGAGGAGGGCAAGGAGGAGAAAGGCCAAAGCAGCGACGACGACAGCGACGAGGGACUGGAAAGGUUCGCAGCUCGACCGGUCGAAGUGAAGGAAACUCCGAUGAGGAAGGAGAAGACGACCUCGCCCUUCGCUACCCCUGCCUCUCAGAUCAAGGAGGCGAAGCCGAGCACGAGCAAGAAGGCGCAUCACACCUUCGAGUCGUCCAUCAACUCGGGUGUCAUCUACUCUGCCUUCUCCGAUGGCUCUGCGACCUCCAAGAGCACGUCGAGGUCCAAGAGGUCCACGCGAGGAAUUGACAAGGCAGGGAAGAAGUGA